CUGGUCCGAUAGACAUUCUUCUCGGCGCAGCUGAAUACGCACAAAUCAUAAAACCGGGUCUCAUAAAAGGUUCUACAGACGAACCGAUCGCCCAAAACUCUGAAUUGGGUUGGAUCAUUUCGGGACCAACCAAUUUUGAUUCAGCCGUGGGAGCACAAGUAACAACGCUCAUUUCAGUUGUCGACGUCGAACAACGCAUAUCUGAAUUUUUCAAGCAUGACGAUAUAAAAAUCGACGAUGACGAGUGCGCUCUCACUGAAGAAGAACAAAUGUGUGAAAACCACUUUCAAGAAAACACUAUUCGUUUGGAAAAUGGAAGAUAUUGUGUCAAAAUGCCAUUCAAAAAUGGAAAAAAUGCACCAGAUUUAGGAAACUCGCGAAAAUGCGCCAUUGCAACAUUUUUGCAGCUUGAAAAUCGAUUCAAAAAAAAUCCUAAAUUGGCAGAAGAAUAUAAAAAAUUCAUUCACGAGUACAUUGACCUAGGUCAUAUGGAAAGAUCGGUUUACAAUCCAAAUAUCACAUCGUAUUAUUUACCACAUCAUUGUGUAAUACGAGAUAGCACAACUACGAAACUUCGGGUAGUGUUCAAUGGCUCUCAAAAAACUGACAACGGAAAAUCUCUCAAUGGUGAACUUGCAUUGGGUGCCAUAGAACAAAAGGACAUGUUAAGCAUUCUAAUCAAUUUUCGCAUUUACAAAUAUGCAUUUACGGCUGACAUUGAGAAAAUGUACCGCCAAAUUUUAAUCGACGAAAGCCAAAGAGACUUGCAAAAAAUCAUUUGGCGUGAUUCCCCUGAACUACCGCUUUCUGAAUUUAGACUUAUCACGGUCACAUACGGCACCAGUCUCGCUCCGUUUUUAUCACAUCGCACUACAAGACAACUUGCAAUCGAUUGCGAAAAUGAAUAUCCAGAAGUAUCAAAUACCAUAAGAAAAAACAUGUGGGUUGACGAUGUGGUAAAAGGUGCUUUUACUGAGGCAGAAGCAAUACAAUUGUAUAGCGACUUGCGCAAGGUAUUCAGCAUAGCCGGAUUCAAUUUACGAAAAUGGUCUUCAAACAAC